AUGGAAUCCACCUCCCCUGAGGUUCCAUUCAACCUCCCCGGUCCAUCUACAGCCGGCGACGUACGACGGACCCCACGCGGAGCCGCGGCAUAUCCCCGCAAAAGGGCCAUCACCGCAUGCCAGGUCUGCCGUGCGCGGCGCACCAAAUGCGACAAUCGGAAGCCUUCAUGCUCCUUUUGCCUCAAGGUUGGCGCUCGAUGCGUCCAAUCCGCCGUCGAUUUAUCCAAAUUCGAUCCAGCGAGCAUCAAGAUCUUGGAGGAACUAAGCGAGCUUAAAGAUGCGAUGGGGAAGUGUCAGUCUGCUAUUGAAAACCUAGGAAACUUGGAGGUGCAUGUGGGGGGGUCUACAUCGGUUGCUGUAAACUGCUCUCCAGGCGAGACAGUUUCUGACGUAGACCGGACUCGACUGUUGCCUCCAUCUAUUGAGGCUAUUUGCCAGUGGCCGAUUCUUGAUCUAACCCCAGUUCCCCCGCGCGGAGAGGGUCUAACUCUAGCCUCUACCUCAACCGACACAGACAGCGGGACGGGCUUAUCACCGGAUAACCUGGAAAUGCGACUCACCCGACCGCUACUCGAUCGGUUUUUCCAAUACGUGCACGUCAAAAAUCCUGUGCUCGACGAAACAUAUACGCGCCGAUUAGUUGCCUAUUUCUGCGUUGAGGGGCUAGACUGGUCCCCAGAAUCAUGUCUUGCCCUUCUUGUUCUUGCCCUUGGGGCAACCGCUACCCCAUUUGGGGACCCCGACCAACCCGAAAAGGAGUCGGCAUCUAUCAUCAGUGCCCGCUCCUUAUACAGAGCCGCACAGAAGCGACUAGCCCUGACGGUGGACGGCCCAGAUAGGGUACUGGAAGCACAAUGCUAUUUCCUGUCCGGUGUAUACGCAGCUACCCUCUUCCACUUAGACACCGCCUGGAAACACUUCCUCCAUGCCCUAGCAUGCUGUCAAACGUUCCAAUUCCAGUCCUCUGCCUCCUCACGCGACACGCAGGUCUUCGAUCCGGUCCACAGCGAACGCACCCGCGGUGGGCGAACUCUAAGCCGAGAACAAACAAUCUACUGGUCCUCCUGGAAAUCCGAACGUGAACUCCGCAGCCAAUUGACCGUCCCUGAUUUUGCCCUCUCGCAAACAGAAAUGGUCACAUACCCACAUUUCUUCCCUACACCCCCGGUAAACGAGGAUGCCGAAUUCCCGGGCCCGAGCGAAAGCCUCCACGUCCGCGAGGAACAAUCAUGGUACUUCUACCUCUCUGAAAUCUCUCUCCGCCGCUUAUCAUCCUGCAUCGCGAAGGGAAUCGUGCAGUUCUACCCCACACUACCCGGGGAGCAUUUUCUCGACGGAUUAGCUACAGCAACCCGUAUCCACGAAUCUCAAGCAGAGGAGUGGGCUAUCCGGCUUCCACGGGUUUUAUCCCUUGACCAACCGCCAGAAACGGAUGAUAUCUGUCGAUUUGUCCUUCGCGGCCACCUGCUCAAUCUAUACGAAAGUAUCUACUGGCCCUUCAUUGACGCGCUGAUUAGCGGGUUUCCGAUGGAUGGGGAGAGAGUAUUACUGCGGAGCCUUGUGCUGAAGGGAUUACAGAAGCAUGCUGAGAGGCUGUGGGUUAACCACGCCGGGUAUAAGCAUCGGCACCACGGGACACUAUUUCUGCUUCGGAAUUGUAGUCGGAGUGCACUGGUGCUCGUGGCUGCCGCGUUGGCGAUUCAGAGGCAGUUGGACAAAGAGGGGCGGUGCGAGGUCAUGAUGCCUUUGGGGUGGAGGGAAGCCGUGCUUUUAGCGGUGGAGAUGAAUCGGUAUUGGGCGGGCGAAUCGGCCGAUGCGGCGUACCUGGAGAGGGUUGUUGAGGCUGCUUGGGGGAGGGUUGAAGGGGUCCAUAUUUAG